AUGGCCACCAGCAACGGCCAGGCGAUGUCGCGAGGUCUUACACAUCCAUUAUUUCAUUUUUUCUUCACGUCUUUCUUCCAGAAAGAGGAGGAAAGAGAUCGCCUCUCCACGACGACGACCACCGUUCCCACCCCCGCUGUGAAAGAUGGCCGAAAUAGGGGGCGCCGAAUCCCACGGUUGCGGUGUCCGAAGAUUAGGUGGGGGGGGGGGAAGCGGGGGAAACCACGAGAAAUCGCGGAGCCCCCGGCGUUCCGGAGGAAGGGGAGCUCCGCCUCGUGGGGCUUUGAUGUUGUCGAGAGCCAGUUGCCGACGAGGAGAUCAAGUCAGACCGCGUUUGGCAGGCCGGUCGAGCCACUUCCAGCAGCAGAAACAGCGGCGACGGGUAAUGCAGCGGGAGGGGGGGGGGAGCCCCCGAAGCGGAGAGGGUCGAAGAGCAAGGAAGACAAAAAAACGAAGAAGAUCCAUCCAGAGCUGUCGGCGAUAACGUUCCUCGCUGGUGUCAAGUUUCACGGGUUCGACAUCGCUAAGCGAAGUCUUGUGAACGAGAUGUCUGCGUUCGGAGAGCCCAAGACGGAGAAGCUACUCAAGAAGAGCCCGGAGGAUUGGGUGGUGUACAACGCACGGAACAUGUCGCGUAUCUACCCGGCGGGGUCGAGAGUGGACUCGUCCAACUACGACCCCGUGCCUAGCUGGAACGUCGGCAGCCAGAUCGUGGCGCUGAACUACCAGACCUCGGGCACCCCGAUGCGGCUCAACGACGGCAAGUUCCGUGACAACGGGGAGUGCGGUUACCUCCUCAAGCCGGAGUGCUUGCGGACCGGCUCGCCGUUUCACCCGGAGCAUGGCCCGUUCCCUCCGGGGGGCAUUACGCUCACCGUGCAGGUGGUGAGCGGGCGACAGCUGCCCAAGCCCGGGGGGGCACAGAAGGGCGAGAUAAUAGACCCGUACGUCGUCGUCUCCGUCCACGGCCUCCCUAGUGACUGCAAGAAGGCCAAGAGCACCAAGGUCAUCCAGGACAAUGGUUUCAAUCCCAUCUGGAACGAAACCAGCACCUUCGAGAUCACAAUGCCCGAGAUGGCGUUGUUGAUGUUCACUGUGAAGGACAAGGACGUGAACAAGGAUGAUUUCAUCGCCCAGACGGUCUUGCCGGUGAAGAACAUCAGGAAGGGGUACCGCUCCCUCCGGCUCUACAGCAGCAGCGGCACGCAGCACGGAGAUUUCGAGCACUCGUCGCUCUUGUGCCGGUUCGCCAUCACUCCGACGUGAUGAUAGUAGCCGUGGCCGGCCGGCCAACCUCUAACGAUACUCUUUUAUGCCGGUUCAACGAACCACUCGGCCAAGCAAGGGCUGCUUUAUUCGAUUCACCUUCAUUUCGAGGGAACGAGGGGACGGGGGGUAGCUAAGCGCGGAGUAGAGUGAAGGUAUUGUAGACGGGGUGAACAUUCAAUACAUGCUAAUGGUUAUUUUGUGGUCCAGGAGGGACUGCUGGCGGCGGCGGUGGUGGGCGCGCGAUGUAGAAGUGUGGACCGUCGCAUUUUGGGGCUCUCGUUGUGUAACCCGCUCCCCUUCGUCUUCCAACGACGGGUGAAUCGUGGAUUGUUGUGGUCCAGCCUGGUGAGGAAGCGAUUUGGCCCGCAGCGUAGCCACCUUGUAGUAGGUUGGCGUCUAUUGCCUUCCGUUACGACGAAAGCUAAGCAGAGAUGCGUAGAGGCGUAAAAAGAGGAACGCCGCUUGUGGCGGUGUGUGCAGCUUGGCUAGACUCGGUUUUCUUUAAAGGCAACAUCUGGCAGUCGGUGCCCUAGAGUUUUUUGGCCCUUCUUUCAUUCGUGUUGCUGGCUGGCUGGCUGGCUGGCUGGCUGGCUGGCUGUUCCCCGAAGUGCUGGAAGUUGAAAAAAUUAUCGUGUUGGUUUCGUGACUAUGAAAACGAACCGCGUAUCUAGACGGAGGGCGUGAGUUGGGUGUGCUAGCUGUGUCCUUGUGGAGCCAAUCAGUCUGAUUUUGUUGCUGGAGGGUGCCAAGCAUAGCUGGGAUGCCUCCGGAAUGAAUACCUGGGUGUCGUGGCCAAUAGGAGUGGAAAAAAAAGUCUUUGUGCCCUCGUGGUGUAAGGCAGGAGAGGCCGCGCAUAUAAUAAAUGGAUGAAUGAAUGAUUGUGAUCGCUAGCGUUGUUGUCUGUUGUAGACGUUGUUGUUGUCGUCGUCUUUGUCGUUGUCAUUGUUAUAGUUGUCGUAGUCGUAGUUGUAGAUCGCUUUUCGACGUACGACCCAGUGUAAUGUGUGUCGGGGCUGCUGGUGCAUGCAAUAGUAACGUCAGCAAACAUGAAUCUCGAACGUAUCAAAGCGUCUUCCACGUAGCGUUGUGUAAUAGAUGCCCGGUGCCUAUGGCGCUGUUCCACUUGAGUUCAUACUCAACAGUACAGUAGACUACAUAUACUUAAAACAAACAAAACGUUUGUGCUGUCUGUUCCACAGGCGCGUAUGCCCAUUCGGCGCAUGGGCGCAUCUGAGCUAACCCCUUUUUGUUUGUGUCUGUGCUACUGGUUUUGGCUGCCGUUCGUCAGUCAGUGAAGGAUCGCAUUAUCAUGCUGUCGUGCUGAUGCGGCCUCACUCCGUAACGGUUGUCUCGCGUGCGACCAUCGGGACGAGGGCGAAAAAUGAGCUGUUGCAGAUUCUUACAUGAAAAACUGUUGCAGGGUCUUCCGUGCCGGCUUCAUUUCACUUCUCCCCGCACAGGAUCAUGCUAAGCCUCUCAGUAGUGUCUUUAGUAGGGGGUAAGGGUCAG